AUGGUUAAAAAUUUUGGUAUUGUUCAAUAUGCAUGCAAGUUGGGCCAAGACGAGAAGGGAGUCGAAAAUACACCCGAUAUUUUAUCAAAUAUUCUACUGCCCUAUAUCAAAGAAAAUGAAUACACCGUUCACCUGUACAAUUCAGCCAUAAUUCGAAAACUAGAUGAUUGUUCUGCGUCAGGUAAUGAAAAUGCUAUAUUCACAGCAAAUUUACAAUUGCGCAGUAUGGUUAAGAAAUCCCUUGAUGAAAACAAUAAAACAUUGAUUAUUGGCGGUGAUCAUACCAUGGGUUUAGGUACAGUAUCGGGUUUUCUCGAAAAAUAUCCUCAACAGUCAUUUGUUAUUUGGAUAGAUGCACACCCGGAUUUAAAUACUCGUCAAUCGUCUGAGUCAGGUCAUUAUCAUGGCAUGUCAAUGUCAUUUAUGCUUGGACUGGAUGCUGAUAAAAACUUUCCUGUGAACCAAAAAUUGCGUUUUGAUCAACUUCUCUAUAUUGGAUUGAGAGAUGUCGAUGACUUCGAAAAGAAAGUGUUAAAAGAGAAUAAAGUUAAAUGUCUGUAUGGCUCGAUCAGAGAUAAAGAUAUUAAUGAAAUAUUAAGUAAAACGGUUGGAAAAGGCAAAAAUGUUCAUAUUAGUUGGGAUGUUGAUUCAAUAGAUCCUUCGGCGAUCCCAUCGACAGGAACACCGGUGGAGAGGGGAAUGGAUUGUUCAGAAGUAAUUGAUAUUAUUCGAGCAGUAUCAAAAGAAAAUCGACUUGUCUCAAUGGAUGUUACCGAACUGAAUUUGGAUUUGGGAUUAGAGGAUGAUCAGAAAAAGUCAUUGAAAAAUUCCAUUGAUGUUGUCAAACAUUAUAUUACUUGUUGA